AUGCUCUCCCCUAAGAUACCAGGGCAACCCAUUACCCAAAGCAAUGAGCAUUGCUUCCCUUGGACACUAUCCAUGUCCGAUACUUCAAGGGAUAAUACAUUUAGGCUUGAUGUACGGCACCGCGAUGGUGGCUGCAUGAUUACACGCAGAAUGAAUCUGGAAGCCCCUAAGUGGCAUUCGUGGGAAGCAGCUCAUAUAUUUCCUCUUGCGCUGUCUUCGCGCUUUACUCAACUUGGGUUUGGAAAUAAUAUACAAGAUGAUCGGGGAAUUAACUCUCCCAGCAAUGGGAUUCUGCUAAGGGCUGAUAUCCAUCAGGAUUGGGACGGGUAUGCAAUCGCUGUAAAUCCCGUAGACAAUUACCGUGUUCAGAGCUUCACAGCGAACACACAGGAGUAUCAUAAUCUUGUACUCCACCCAAACUAUCAAGACCAAAACAAUCCUCACUACGUCCUUGAUACGCUCCUCCGUUGGCAUUAUGAACAUGCUGUGCUCUUUAAUAUGCGAGGUGAUGGCGAGGUUUCGUUUGACUUCGACUUUCCACCCGGCACCGGUAUGAUGGGAGAGAUUAGAGAAGGUCCGCGCGCGGCAUACCGGAUGGAAGCAGAACUACUUGAACGGUUGUACGGCUACAAUGAUGAAAGAUCUGUAGAAUAG